AUGGCUGUUCAACUUAAUGCAAAACCCAUAUCAGCCUCCAUGGAUCAGGAAGGUCGAAAUACUUCCUUCUUUGGUUUGACUCCAAAGUCAAGUGUAAAUGCCCCGAUUACACUUGAGUCUAUGGAAGGUGAGGCGAUGUUCGAUACUAGGAAUGCGAAACCAACUAAGACCCCCCUUCAACUUCAGCUACCUGUCAAACUUGACCCUUCUACCAAGACAGUCCUUGUCGUGGGAGCCGGUAUUUCUGGACUCCGCGCCGCGUCCGUGUUAAAGAAGCACGGGUUAAAUGUGGUUGUCCUGGAAGCUCGCGACAGGAUUGGAGGACGAAUCAACACCAGUCGAAAGGAAGGGAAACCAGCUCGGGAUAUUGGCGCUGCUUGGAUGCAUGAGACUUCUCAAAAUCCACUGGUUAAACUGGUCCCCAAAUUGGGUCUUAAGUAUUACUAUGAUGAUGGCACUCCUUUGUACUAUACCUCUGAAGGUCGCGCUGGCUCUCAGUUCAAGGCGAAGAAAGUAGCCGAUGAGUUUGCGGACUACGCUGAGUGGUUCUAUGAAACGCAUCCUAACGCCCAAGAUCGGAGUGUCGAUGAUUUCAUACGAGACUUCACAAGGGAACACCCCUUGAUCACUGACGAUGAACGAUUAUGGGCUCCUCAGGCCGUUCGGGAAAUCGAGCAGUGGAUCGGAACGAGUACAGAUCAAGCAUCAUCAAAGUACUUGAGCUAUUUCGUUACCGAGCGAAAUCUCUACAUGAAAGAUGGUUAUGAUACCAUCGUGAAAUGGACCGCUCAAGAUCUUGUCAAUAGUCCUGGAUCAAUCCAUUUGAAUCAAGUCGUGAAUGCGAUAAAUUGGAGCGAUGACCCAUCUGCUCAAAUCUCCGUCCAAUGUUCAAAUUCCACUGAUGAGAACUCAUUAAAAACGUUCAUCGGUGAUGCGAUCGUCGUCACAACACCUUUGGGCACAUUCCAUCAUAACCUCGUCUCUUACAACCCUCCUAUUCCUCAAGAUAUCCAAAAAGGCAUCGAAAACAUGAGUUACGGUGCCCUUGGCAAAAUAUUCUUUGAGUUCACCGAUGUAUUCUGGUCCAAAGAUCAUGAUCAGUUCAUCUAUUACCCCACUCCUGAAGAAAUGAGUGAAGGGAGCGUCGCAUCCUCCGAUGGCUCUGAAGCACCGGACAGUAUCUUGAACUAUGCCACUGUGACGGUUAAUCUGUUACUUGUGGCAGAUAGUAAAGAGCUCUGCAUCCAGGUCGUUGAACCUCUCACGCAAAAAGUGGAAGCGAUGACCGACAAGGAGGAACUGUAUGAGUUCUUCGAACCUCUGUUCAAGCUUAUGCGCAAAGAGCCGUAUAAGGCUUUGCCGCAAGUCACGAGUAUCGAGUCAACUUGCUGGACUCAGGAUCGCUUCGCUGGAUUCGGAACAUAUUCUGCCGAGAAGGUUGGCGAUAAUCCUCACAUUCUGAUCGAUGCAGUGGAGGGCCGGACAAAUAGCAAGCUGCAGUUCGCGGGCGAACACUUGACUAUUGCUGGCAAUGGAUGUGUGCAUGGUGCUUUUGCAACCGGUGAGGCUGCUGCGAAGAGGAUACUCAAUACCCUUGGUGUUGAGUUUAAUGAGGAUCUGGUGGUUAUUGGUUAA